UGUUCAUGUUUACGUUCUGUCAUUCAUUGCUUAUCUGCCGCUACAAUGCACAGGUUGUUGCCGCAAUGACCUUUAUUCCGUAGUACACAGUCCACAUUUUCUUCUGCAGCGAGAAUAUGGGAGACAAGAAGAUACUUAGCAUUGGUUUGGUGUGUUUGGAUAUCAUUAAUGUUGUGGAUAAAUACCCGGAAGAAGAUAGCGAUACCAGAUGUUUAUCUCAGAGAUGGCAGAGAGGAGGAAACGCAUCAAACACGUGCACGGUUCUGUCUCUGCUCGGGGCUCCGUGCGCUUUUAUGGGAGCAUUAGCGCCUGGACCAGUUGCUGAUUUCAUCUUGAAUGACUUUCAAAUGUACAAGAUUGACAUCUCUCUUCUUCUGGAGCAUGCCGAAUGCUCCUUUCCAGCCUCUUUAGUCAUCAGCAAUGUGACGACAGGGAGUCGUACUAUUCUGCACAUGAACAGUUUCAUCUUGGGGGAUUUUGCACGCUGUGGGGUGGACGUUUCUGGUGUGGCUUGGCAGCAGAGGGGCGAGACCCCGUGUGCCUGUUGUGUGGUGUGUCCUACCACUGGCUCUCGCACUGUUGUGCUCUCCGACACGAAUCUACCAGAUGUUUCUAUAGAAGACUUCUCAAAGGUGGAUCUGAAGCAGUAUAAGUGGAUCCACUGGGAGGGCCGUAAUGCUGAAGAACAAGUGAAGAUGAUUGAGAGGGUGAGAGAGUAUAACAGCAAACAGGAAGAGAAGAACAAAAUCACCAUCUCUGUGGAAAUAGAGAAAACUAGGGAACCUCUAUACCAGCUGUUUCCUCAUGGCGAUGUGGUGUUUGUUAGCAAGGAUGUGGCCCGGCACUUCGGGUUCGAUACGGCCUCCGCUGCACUGAAGGGCUUCAGCAAUCGUCUAAGAAAGGGGGCGACCCUCAUUUGUGCCUGGGCAGAAAAGGGUGCUGAUGCCAUGGGUCCUGACGGCACAGUAUUCCAUUCAGAUGCAUUCCCUCCAGAGAAGCUUGUGGACACACUCGGAGCUGGAGAUACAUUUAAUGCUGCUGUGAUUUAUACUCUUGCAAACGGGGGUGGCCUGCAGCCUGCGCUCACAUUUGGCUGCCAGAUUGCAGGCAAAAAAUGCGGUGUUCACGGAUAUGAUGGAAUCUUGCAGUGAAUGUGGUGAAGUGCACAGCUGGAAUGGGAUACAGACAUGAUCUGUCUGCUAUGAAACAAAGACUGUAAACUAAUGAUAGUUUUUUUUUAAAUUAUGCUCAUGCAUAUUAAUUAAUGCAGUAAGCGCUUUUUAUAAUCUUUACAGAUGUUAAAUAACACUAGAAUUACUUAAAGCUCUACGGAUUACUUUUCAUAAUUUCAGAAACAUUGGUAUGAGAGCGAAAGGCUGUGAUGCAUUUGAUAACUAGGGAUGAAACCGAAACCAGUCAAAUACUUUAGAUUAAGUAAACAAUUUGCAAAACCAGUGUACAAGUAAGAAUGUUCAGUGUUAAGGGGUAACCGAGUAGGUAUUAGGGUAGUUUUAACCACUUUUACAGGCAUAAGUAGACUACCUUAAUUCUUGUUUUGAAUUGGGAAGAGAAGUUCAGGGAUAAUGUUCCUUGAUUUUUACUGAAGAGUUGGCUUGGCAGACAUCUCAGCAGCAGUGGGGAGCACACAUGUUUAAGAAAAAGAAAGGAAGAAGACUAAAAGUGUAUACGGGUGAAAGACAAACAGGAUACGUGACAUUUUCCCACCCAACAUCAUUUAGACACAGCUGGCCAGCAAAACACGGAUUCCUCCACCACACCCAAAGCGUAAUAAUGACAUGCUGUCUGUCUGUAACAUGAAUACUGGCAGUGUUGAGGUUAUCUAAGUCUAACUGUAAUAGUUGUGUUUAUAACAAAUUAUGAAGUCAUUUAAUUCAUUCUGAUGUGUUAGAUUUGAUACCUUUUAUCAAAACGUAACAUUGUGAAUCCACUUAUAUGAGUUGCUUUAGGCUACCCUCAAAUAACCGGCAGAGCAUUAAGAAAAUAAUUUAAUGCUGGACAAUGACAGAUUUAAAAAAAGAAGCGUUUCCUUAGGUCUUAAGGUUGAACUUGACCUUCUGGCACCUAUGGUCCAAUUUUAUAUUUCCUUUGGUGUGUAAGUGUGUAUUAGUUCAUGUUAAGGAUAUGCAAAAGGUACAUACCCCAAAAGUAAACGAUGACGCGAGUUAUCGUCUCCAAUGUAAAUCUCUUUUCUUGGACUACUUUGCUUGUAGGCAACAGUUUACUUCCUGGGGUUGGUGAUGUAGAAAAGACGGACAUUAUCAUAAUUCCUCCCGCUUCGAAAUCAGCCAUAAGUUAACUCCUGUUAGCAUUGCAUUGUGAACAAAUCUUUUAAACAUGGUAAGCAGCAUCACAAGGUAUUCAGACCAAUCACAAGGUACAGAUUAGCUGGCCAAUCAGGGACACAGAGCUUUUCAAAUCCGUGCAUUUCAGGAAGAGAGUAAAAUCUGGAGCUACAAAAAUGUAAGUUUUUUUCUUUAACCACAAAACACGUGAACACAUUCUAUUAUACCAAAUACACAAAGUAAAGUUGCUUUUUAGCAAUGAAAUAGGUGCUCUUUAAAGGACAAGUUCGGUAUUUU